AUGGAGACAGAGUACCACAACUCGGUAAAUUUUGCAUCAGUAGGCGUAAUUACUUUAUCCUCCUUGUUCCUAGUGUUAUUCAUUUAUCAAUCUCAAUAUCAUCACAAACGCCGGAAGAUUAAUCAUCGGCUACCGGCAGGAAGAACGGGGUUCCCCAUCAUCGGAGAAAAUAUGGAUUUGGCAUCAUCCGGGCCGGAAGUAUUCAUCCGGGAUAGGAUGAAAAAGUACGACCCGGCCACGGCCACGGCCACCGCGGGAUCAUCAUCAUCAUCCUCAGGAGUCGUGUUCAGAACCUCACUGAUGGGAGAGAAAAACAUGGCAGUAUUUUGUGGGGCGGAAGGGAACAAAUUCGUCUUCUCGAAGGAUUUCAAGGAUAUCAAUCCAUGGUGGCCGGCUGCGUUUGGGGCGCCAUUAGGGUUCCCUUUGCCUAAAGGGUGGACAGCGACGGACUCAGUUAAGAUAACUCGGAUUUUUGUUCACGAGUUCCUAAGGCCUGAAACCCUAAAAACAUGGAUUCCGAUUAUGGAUUCCAUGUCCAGGAAACACAUCCAGACCGAGUGGGCACCCUAUGAAGAUAUCAAAGUUUACCCUGUAUCUAAGAAGAUGGUAUUUUCACUCGUGUGCAGGAUUUUCUUGGGCAUGAAAGACGAGGAGGGGGAGGACAUAGAUCGCAUAAAUGUUGACACCUUGAAACGGUAUUUCGACUUGGCGGUAACUUUUAUGUUUUCAUUUCCCAUCGACUUUCCCGGAACGGCCUACAAUAAAGCGACGAGAGCCGGCAAAGUUGUGAAGGAAGGGGUUUUGAAGAUGGUUAUUCAAAAGAUUCAACAGGGUCAUCAGGUCGAUGAUGAUGAACAACAAAGCGUGGAUCUUUUGACUCACAUUUUGUUCCGAUCAAAAAACUACGACCGGAGUUGCUUGAGACUAGAGGAUAUUUGCAAUGUCUUGAUGGCUACUCUACUUCCUGCUUAUGAUGACAUCACCGCCGGUGUCACUUUUGUGCUCAAAUUUCUUGCACAACUUCCCCAUAUUUACAACCAAGUUUACAGUGAAUGUAUGGAUAUUGCUCGCUCCAAAGUUGAGGACGAGUUAAUCAAUUGGGAUGAUAUCCACAAGAUGCAGUAUUGCUGGAACGUGGUACGUGAAUCGAUGAGGUUAAUUCCCCCCUCAGCUGGUGCAUUCGGUGAAGUUACAAGUGAUCUUAGUUUUGAAGGUUUUACUGUUCCCAAAGGAUGGAAGACGUUUUGGAGCGGCUAUUCAACUCAUAAAGACUCCAAAUACUUUCCAAAUCCUGAGGAUUUCGACCCAUCGAGAUUUGAAGGAAAUGGUCCUGCACCAUACGCCUACGUACCUUUUGGAGGUGGACCUAGAAUUUGCCCAGGAAGAGACUAUGCCCGAGUGCAUAUACUGGUGUUUCUGUACAAUGUGGUCACCAGAUUUAAGCUGGAAUUACUUGAUCCCAACGAGAAAGUUAUGUAUCAUAUGACUCCUUUCCCUGAACAUGGUCUUCCGGUCCGGCUCAUCCCGCACGUUAACCGAGGAACUACAGUGGCUUCCCUAAUCCAGUGUUUUGAUUGGGAGACAGGAGAUGGAGAAACUUUGGAACUAUGUGAAGGUUUAGGACAACCUGUUUACAUGGCUCAGCCUUUACUCGCUAAUGCCCCAGAUAUCAUGGUCGAUAACAUAUAUUUCCGUCGGUCCGAAAAGAAGUCGCGGUCAGAAGAGGAAGAGGUUUCUAAACUUGUGUUAUCAGCAAACCAUCCCGUCACUCCCCCAGCCGACGCCCAGGGAUCGUUGCCACCGGUGACUAUUGCAAAUCUGAGAAGCUACAACUCAAAAAGGGAGUGGCAACCGUUGCCGAAAGUGCCAAAAAAGAUCAAAGAAUUUGCCAAUGACUUAGAGAAACUCGAGAGAUAUCCCAAGAUACUAGGGUAUGGAGUGGUGCAGCAUUUCGUUCCUGUCAUGCCAAUCGAGGGAUUAGAAGCUGACAAGAUCCUCGAUGUCCCCUUCGAGGAAAAGGAAGCAAGGCAGACCAAGGAGACUAUUCCUCCUAUCACCGAGAACGAGGCGCCUUCAGAAAAGGAGACUUCAGAGAAGGAGAGUGGGCCAAGCACUCGACCCAAUCAUGUCGAGAAGGGAAAAAACCCUGUCGAGGGGAAUGUAACCAUUUUUUUUCCUAAGAUACCAACCGGGGGUCCCGCAGUCGUAGUUCAUACCUUCGACAAUCCUCCUACGAUCGAGUGCCCUGUGCUGGAAGAGUUUGCCGCCAACCUAACCGAGGCAGAUGGAUUGAAAUUGAUGAGCGCAGUCAUGAAGAACCAUGCCAAGAGAUCCAGGGACUUAAGGCGAGAACUAACAGAAGCCCAAGCUAAGAGAGAUCAAGUGGUGAUCGAGAAGCGGGCUCUCGAGGAAAGGAAUCAGCAGCUGCAAGCUAAGGAAGUAGAGCUCGCCUUGGUACAGACGCAGCUUGGGGAACUGAAGCAGAAAUUUCAGGAGUAUUACAACCUGCACAUCUCGAAGGAGGACCUUAAUAAAUGGUGCACUGCAUUUUGCUGGAGGAUGCUAUCAUCAGGGGGGAUGACAUUUGCUGUGGAAGAGAUUAACACGGCUUCGAUGGCGUAUAGGGGCCACGCAGUUGCCAUCGAAGGCUUAAAAAGACUGAAGUCAAAAAAGCCUAUCAAAUCAGCUACCCUGUGGGAGCCCUUGUGUGAAGCUCUAUCCAAGAUGGGUUCACUCGAGAACAUCACCUCCUUUCUCGAGGAUGUGGCUCCCAUUUUCACUAGAGGUCCUGGUGAGGAAAUGGCAAUACCUAAGGUCGUCGACGAGGAUUUUAGAAUUGAUCUCGAAGAAGAUGAAAAUGAGACUGCCGAGGAGGAUGACACAGGCAAUUCAGGUCCCAAGGACCAAGAUCCCCCAACUGUGGGAGAUACCAGAGGAGCCGAGGAAGGAAACCCCUCUAUCGAGGAAUCAACUGAAGACCAACCAGGGAACGACUCUCAUUCUCAGACUGCUGAUUCCCUGAUCCUGGAGGCAAAUAUAAAUGAAGAAAUGGCAAUUUUAAGGAAGGAGAACGUCCAAUUGAAGUGCCGUGAAAGAAUCGCGGUUUCCCUAUGGUUUCUUGAGAAGUUCCACAUCCUUUCACUUGUUGAGAAACAAAUUCAAAUUAGGACAGAACGUUUCAUUGCCGCCAUUGAGAUGCUGAAGAAAAGGACUAAAGAGGCUGAAUUUUAUUCAAGACAAUCUGCCGUCCAACAGAACAUACUGGUCGAUCGUGAGAUCCUGCUUACCAUUCUCAAAGGUCUGGAUGAACAUGAGAAAGCUCGUGAGAGGACAGCCGCCGAAGAAUUCCUUCUUAGGCUCGACGAGCAAGAUUGGGAAAUUGUUGACUUGAAAGACAAAUUGAACCAGUGUAUCGACCAUCUUAGGACGCUAGGAUUCUCGGGCGUGAUUAAGUCGUCUCGAUUUAACCCCAAGGGGGAAGACCUUAGCAUUUAA